AUGUAUAAAAAGCCCCGUAGUGGUCAAGAAAUUACUACGUUCAUUAAUAGGCGUAAUAAUGGCAGACAAGUAAAUGAUGCUUUAGCAGCCGCAUUGUCUGCAUCUGCUGUUGGAAACAAACAAGAGGAUGCUGUUGACCCAAGAGGAGGUCAGAUCAAGAGAAGUCAUAUUCUCGAAGAUCUCAGCGAACAGAUAUCGCCCGAAUUUCAUAAGUUCCUCAUUGAUAUUUAUGGUCGUGAACCAAGUGAAGUACGACAGAUUUUUAAUGCCUUGAAGCUG